AUGAAGUUUAUUAGUUGUAUUCCUAUCGGUGGCCCUGCAAUUAAUUCCGAGGAGGAUGAACUGGUGUUAUGCCAAUGUGAGAUCCAAGAAAUACCACAAUCCAAGGAGAAUGUUAACAGUACUUGUGUGUCUGAGAUAACUAUCAGUGAAGGAACGGAUAUUUACAGAAGAAUGAAUGUCAGGAUGUGUGAUAUGAGGGUUUUUGAGAGCAGUAAGGAAUGUGUGUGGUACGAAUUUCUGAAAUUCUUGACUGGACACAAGAUACAGCUCCCGUUGCUCAAUGAUACUAUACAUUUUAGCUCCUGGGUGUGCUACACUUCAAAAGGUGGCAACUGGAAUAUAGUAAUGGAAUUGGAAUCAGCCGGAAUCACUAAGAAAUUAGCUGAACUACAGCUAGAUGCAAUACAUAGUGGGGAAGUCGAUUUGUUUCAAUUCACCAAUGUUCUGUUCCAUGAAUCAUGCCAAUUGAACGACAGAGUCCACCACCUUGAAAGUAAAGUUGCUGGAAGUAAUAAUCGCAUUAAAAUGUUGCAAGAGGAGCAGACAGAGCGUAGUAGCAUGCUACAGAAGAGGGAUGACAGAACAAGGGCCGUUGUAGUGGCGCUACUCAACGAGAAAAAAUCAAAGAUCAAAGAGCUAUAUGACAAGAUAGACAGACUUAAGAGCAACCCGAUGGAAGAACUGCCAUCUGAAAGAAUUUCAGAUUCAGAUAUCAUCAAUAAACAUGUCAACGAUCCUGUUUCGCACUUGACUUCACCUGGUAAAAGGAGAAAAAGAACACCCUCUGAUCAAGACUCGGGAAGAGAACAGGUUAAAAAGCGAAUCAUACCGAAGGUAGAACAAUCGUCGGAUGACUUCGAAGACUUUCAAUUUUUUGGUAUAUCCAAACACCCGGAAAUGUUAUCUAGGAAUGGCAGCCCCCAAAAGAGCACCAAUAUCAAACACGGGUCGCGAGCCACAGAGACCGACACUCUGCCGAACUCUUCACAAGAAAUACCACCGUACCUCCAGCAUGCUUCAGCAUCUGCUCCAAACACACAGACGGCAAGUGUCGUCAAGAGCGAAUCCAACGUGCAAAUCAUCCCGCAGUCUUCCUCAUCGUCUAACGAGUCAGACACAGAAACGGAAGCCCAAAACAAAACAGACACGCAUAAAGACAAAUUCAAUACACAAACUGACGUUGCGGACAGACCAUCGGAUACAGAGCAGAAUACCGAAGGAGAGACAGAUCAAACUACUGAUUUGGAUACAGAAUAG